UGUUGGUUUUGGAUUCCCGUCACAACGUUGGUGGAGAAUGGUUUGUGAACCAUUGCGUUCGAUCGAACAGCUUUUGAAUUGGGAUCCUUCACAAGUUUCAGAAAGUUUGUGUUCGCAAGUAUCUCUUUCAGACUAUGCCAUUGCUCGAGCUUUAGAACCUAGACAACGUGUUUUAGCUUGUCAUGAUUUCAAAGGUGGCUACCUGAGCUAUGAAAAGCAACCCAAUGGAAAGAUUGGACAAGCUGCAGAAUUACUUGCAAGUCGAAGGGAAGCCUUUAUUUUUCGACAUUGGGUACGAACCAACUGUAAUUAUUUUGUUCCAAUAUGUAGCUUUGUGGAUAUAUUUGUGUAUUUUUCGCAUCAUAGAGUUACUAUACCUCCCGUAUGUUGGAUUGAAUCGGCUCAUCGACACGGCACUUUGGUAUUGGGCACUUUUAUUUUUGAGUGGGAAGAAGCAGGUCGCGAGUUGGUAUUAGCUGUCAUGGAAGAAAGCCGAAGAAAAAGGGUAGCUAGACAACUUGUUCAUAUUGCGAAAACAUUUGGUUUUGAAGGUUGGCUCUUUAACUUUGAAGUCCAUUUGCCUUCUCGUCAAUAUGUUGUUUUGAUUGGCGACUUGUUGAAACAAACUUGUGAUAUGAUGAAAGAUGAAAUAGGGCAACAUGCAAUGGUACUCUGGUAUGACUCGGUCACCGUAGAAGGUCGUUUACGUUGGCAGAAUCGAUUAAACGAACAAAAUUACUACUUUUUUGAGCGUUGCGAUGGAAUCUUUACCAACUAUCAUUGGCAUCCAAAUGAUGUUGGAUUGAGUCAGUUGUCAUCCAAUGGAAGACAUUUUGACGUAUUUACGGGCAUUGAUGUGUUUGGAAGAGGCACUUUUGGUGGUGGUGGUUAUCAAAGCUAUGUAGCAGCACAGGUGGCUAAACAAAUGGGAACGAGUAUCGCUCUCUUUGCGUUUGGUUGGACUUGUGAAGCUCAAGAAAGUGGCCCUCAUGUGGAAGAUAAUCAAUUUCGUUUUUGGGAAGCAAACACGCAAUCUAUAGGAAGUGUCUUUCCAUCUCGACCUUUGUGGGUAGAUCUUCCUUUGGAAACAUUUUGGGAAACUGGUUAUGGUCGUCGUUCAUUUGUUGAAGGUCAACAAGUUGCAUCAUCCAAACCUUAUGUCAAUCUACGUCAACAACAGUUGCAGCCUUCAUAUACAAGAGCUCACCUCUAUGCUUCUUCUUCUCAUCUUUGUUUAGAUUUUCUUGAAAUCUCUACUGAUUAUGGUUGUGGUUGGAACUCUGGUUGCAGUUUAUUCUUUCGAUGCAAGUUGAAAGGAGCAGGAUGGGUUGUUCAUACGAUUGCAGAAGCUGAUAUAUGGAUAACCAAAGAUUUAUUGCAUUUGAGAUAUUGGUUAAAAGUAUCUCGAGAACAAGCCAAUGUAUUUACAAUUGGCUUUGUAACUAGUCCAGAAGGAAAUGAAGGCGAACAGUGCACCAUUGCAGUUCCAGGAAAUCUUUCUUAUCCUACAUUGUCGAAUACAUUUCGAAUGAUUUCUUGCGUUGGAGCACAAAAACCGAUAGCGACCAAGGAAAGUGAAAAUAUUUGGUUGGAAACAAAUAUUCAGUUUCAUAAAGAGGAAUGGGAUAAGCAUCUAAAGGACCACAGCAUUCGCCAAGUUGUAUUGAUGAUACUAUCCAGUCAACUGCCUGAAGAAGAACAACAGGAGUGUUUAUUGACUUGUCAUUUGGGUGGUAUUCAGAUGCAACAAUAUAAUAACCAGGAGAUAAGGAGCAUUAAUAACUUGAUUGAUUCCUAAACUAGUCUUUUUUCUUGUCCAUAAAGAAAAUGAAUUUCCAUCUUUUUCU